AUGACCUCUUUCUCUCCCACAGGGAAGCCCCAUCUGGCCCCUCCCCAGAACGUGACGCUGCUCUCCCGGGACUUCAGCGUGUACCUGACGUGGCUCCCAGGGCCUGGCUACUCCCAGAAUGUGACCUAUUUUGUGGCCUAUCAAAGUGCUGCGACCCCCAGACGGUGGCGAAAAGUGAAGAAGUGUGCAGGAACCAAAGAGCUGGCAUGUUCUUUGAUGUGCCUGGAGAAGCAAGACCUGUACAACAAGUUCAAGGGGCGUGUAUGGGCGGUUUCUUCCAGUGCCAGGUCCCCCUCGGUGGAGUCCAAGUACCUGGAUUACCUUUUUGAAGUGGAGCCAGCCCCCCCCGUCCUGGUAGUCACUUGGACAGAGGAGAUCCUGAGCAUCAAUGCCACCUACCAGCUGCCUCACUGCAUGCCCCCACCGGAUCUGAAGUAUGAGGUGGAUUUCUGGAAGGAAGGAAUCGGGAACAAGACGCGGUUUCCGGUCACUCCCCGCGGCCAGCCAGUCCACAUCCCCCUGCAGCCAGCCACCAGCGGACACCAUUGCCUCAGUGCCAGAACCAUCUAUACCUUUGGUGAUCCUAAAUACAGCGACUUCUCCAAGCCUACCUGCUUCUUUCUGGAGGCCCCAGGAGCCAGCUGGGCAUUCCUGGUGCUGCUACCACUUCUGCUUCCCCUGCUGUUGGUCAUUACCGUAGGCUAUGUGAUCUGGAAGCGCUUCAGAGAGAACCCCUGGUUUCAGCGAGCGAAGAUGCCGUGGGCCCUGGACUUUUCUGGGUACAGAUACCCCAUGGCAACCUUUCAGCCCAGUGGCCCUGAGUCCCUGGAUACCUUGACCCUCUGUCCCCAAAAGGAACGGACCAGAAGGGUCAGGCCGAGCCCUGGAGUCAGGACCCCAGCCACCGUCCAGGCAAGAUCAGAGAAGAACAGUGCUGAGGAGGAGGAAGACACAGACGACGAUGUCAGCUUUCAGCCCUACCUUGAGCCACCCCUCUUCCCAGGGCAGGAGCACCAGAUCCCGGGGUGCUCUGAGGCAGGUGGCACCUGGAGUCCUCCUGUCCAGGUCGAAGACUCCUCUGCUGCAGAUGCUUCGGACAGAAGCUGGGCCAGCACGGGAGGCUCCUCCUCCUGGGAUGAGCCUGGGUCCUCUUGCUAUUUGGCCAAGAAGAAGCCAGGCCAAGGGCCAGUGGGGGACAGGUGUCAGGAGCCUCUCCCACUGCUCGAAUUCUCCAAGGACUUGAGUUUCCUGGACGAUCCCCUGAAAGAUGACCUCUCCUCCUGGGCCAGCUGGGGCUCCUCAUCACCAAGGCUGAAUCUGGUCCCUGGGGAGCCCCCAGUUUCUCUUCACACACUGACCUUUUGCUGGGACAGCAGCCCUGAAGAAGAAGAAGAGGAGGAGGAAGAAGAAAGUGAAGGGGAAGGAGGGAGGGAAUCAGAAAUUGAGGAUGAUAGUCCUGGCAAUUGGGGGGCUGGGAGCCCAUGGAAGACUGAGCUCAGAGGUGGGACGCUGGGGCAUUACAUGGCCAGGUGAGCUGUUCCCCAGCUUCUCUCCAAGUCUGGUGCCACUGAGCUUGCCUAGGACCCGAGAUGCCACCGAGACUUGAGAGCCUGGGAGCAUCACCACUGAGGCCAUGGAGGGUUCUUGCAGCAUUUCGGAAACCCCAGGGUUGGUGUCAAUGAGCUUGAGCAGUAAGAAGCCACCCCAUCCUUUUUGACUCACCGACUUCGGGCUGAGCUCCAAGAGCAGUGGAGACAAGAAUGGGCCGAGGUCAGAGGUUGACUGGGUGUCGCAUCACCCCACCGGCUUUGGGGUGACAGGCCAGUUAGAAAAAUCAUCCCUGAACAACAUGAGACAGGUGAAGUCAGGUCACAGUGGACACCGAGGGCUACCACCACAAGGGGCCGUCUGGAUCUGGAGGGAGGGAAUUUGCAGCACAUCUUUAUCAGUGUCAUGCCUUUCUCUGGCACCUGCUGAGCGCCCCCACCCCCAGGUCUCAGCCUCCUGGUUCAUGAGUCCUCUACGGUGGGCCACAGUGAAGAAAAACCUAGUAAGCCAGGGAUGUUGGAGAGGAAGGGAAAGGGUAGUCAUUAUUCAAAUUCCAGCCUCUGACUCAGGGAAUUAUGCAGCUUUUAUGAUCAGAUGACCCGGGUUCAAUUCCCAGCUCUGCCAUUUACCAGUCAUGUGACUUUGGGUAAGCCACCUUCCUUCACUGUACCUGGGCUUUCUCACCUGCAGCUGAGAGUCCCAAGAGAGGGACGUGUAGUAUGGUGGCUGUCACAUCACCGGUACCCUCUGCACGGUGGCUGGUAGGAUUCUCCAUCCUCCCAGGCUCUGAGAGAACUGCCGGGCAUCUCCCACCUGUGACCCCUAAACUCUGAGCGACUAGCGUUCACCUUUCAGCUGGUCUCACUUCUCAUCUACCUCCCGCCUUCUACCUUCACUUCCUCCCUCCUCCAGGUCAGGAAACUGCACUCUCGGAAAGCCAGAGCCCAGCCAAGAGGGACCCUGACCCCUCUCCCCUUUCCCAGAAAAGAAGGAACCAAAUGAUCCACCUUCUAGGGGUCUGAUUUGUUGGGGUUGGGGUCACAACCCGGCAGAGAACUAGACCCGUGCGCCUGUGAUCCCUGUUUUAGACAGCACUUUAGACUCUGGUUAUAAAGAAGUCCCAUUUUCCCUUCUAGUUGUGAGAAUCCAGCACCUUCUGGCAGCGGGUUAUGUUAAAAGGUGUGGGAGAAGCAGUAAAGUGUCCCCCAAACUGAGAGGGCACUUUGAAGCCGGGAAAUGAAGCAGGCCACCGCAUACAGUUUUCACAGAGUUUUAUUCAGGGUAACUCACCGACGGGGCGCUUGGGCAGAGGGUGUUCUGUGCAGAGGCAUAGUUACUCUCUGGGAAAUCCGGGCCUCAGUCCACAGCUGUGAUAGAGCCAGGGGACGCUCAGAAGGGCAUUGUGGAGAGAUCAGAGGGUUCGCACACACUUCAGAGGGCUGGAGUGCUCCUCUUUGACAGCUAACCUUUCAUCAGAUCCUGUGGUACCACCUGUGCAUCAGGAAGGGGAAAGACUAUGUUGUCUCUAACAGGUUCAUGGGAGGCCAAAACAAGCCUCCCCCGCCAUCCCAGCCCUGGUGGGCAUUUCUAAGGUAUGUAUAUGAAUCUCCAAGGGCCUAGAACACAUAGCCUCAAGAGAGGUCAUGGAGAGAACAUGAACAAGAUGGAGGGCCAAAGAUGGAGUCAAGUAUGGUCAGCACUCCAACAAGGUGACGAUCCUUACCUGGGGGCUGGUGAUGGGUGUUCUCAAACCACUGUCUUAUUAACCCAUACCCACCGGUGUAUGGACGAGCAGAGCUGAGUUUUUACCCACAGGGACCCAGAUUUUUGUCAUUUUGUGACUGGGAUCUGAACCAUCGUGGUUCUGUGACCUAGGCCCUGCCAUUUAACUGCCAGGACUUAGAUGUCUCCAUUUGUGAAGAAAGCAUCUUUGUAACCACUUUACCCACAGAGCUGUGCUGGUUUAAAGGCAACAUGAAGGUUUACCAUUAAAUGAAAGAUCUGGAAAAGGGCAUCUGCUCCAGGGGUUCUCAAGCCAUGUUGAGACCGUUCUCAAAUGGUCUUGGGUUUCAUGGGAGGAGUCUCAAUUGCAGGGGGAUCCAUGGUCCACAGGACCCCCAACUUCCACCAGAGCGGCCUCCCUGAGCCCUGGCGCACCCCCAUGGCCUUCCGUGUGAGGCUGUGCUUAGGGAGCUCCACUGCUCAAGAAGUUAGCAAACCACUUUUUUUUUUUUUUUAGAUUUUAUUUAUUUAUUUGAGAGAUCGAGAGAGAGAGCACAAGUGAGGUGAAGGGCACAGAGGGAGAAGCAGACUCCCCGCUGAGCAGAGAGCCCGAUGUGGGACUCGAUGCCGGGAUCCUGAGACCAUGACCUGAACUGAAGUCAGAUGCUUAACAACUGAGCCACCCAGGCGCCCAGCAAACCACUUUUUUAAUUGAAUACCUGUCUUCUGUUUCAAACAAAGAAAUGUCAACCCACUAUGUAUGUCCCUACCGGUGAGAUAUUUGAUCUCUGGCCAGCUGGGCCAACCGCUGUGCCCUUGGCCUUGUCAACAAAGUGCCAGGAUCUCAGCAAGUAUUUCCAGGAGCACAAAGCUGGCAAGACGCCUUCACCACUGCUGGGACUCAAACAUCCAUGCACACACACACACACGCGCGCGCGCGUGUGAAUGUGCAGGAGCUGAGGCUUGUCCACAUCCCUAAGCAUGCUGAGGUUCUUCCUGGAACCCAGCUGAGCUGCUUCGUGGAAGUAAUUUCGAAAAACUAAAAGCUGUCAUCACUAUUGUCUUAGGCCUCUGUGAAGGAACCACAUUAUCUCUUUUCUUAAACCUUGUUAUUUAAGAAAAAACAAAACAAAACUUUUUUUUAAGCAUUUCUUUCAAAGUUUCAUUUCUGAGAGAGGCUGAGGUUUUUAGUAAUUCUCAGUGCCAGCUCUUUUAUCCUUAAGUCAUUAACAAAAAGCCAUGGGCAGCAUUGGGAAAGAACGUGAUAUUCAGUAUCAUAAUUUGUCAGGUGUGCUCAGCACUCAACUGUUUGCAGAGCCCUGUCCUGCGCACAGCGGCCAGCCGGGAGGUGCAUAGCCUGAGCUCGGGGGCCACCUGGAAGGAUGGAUGGGUGAUGCCCUAAGCAAAAGCAACAUUAUGAUUCUUUAGCACCCUGAGAUUAUGCAUUGUUCUUAGGUAUUUGUAUUCGUGUCUAAUUUUGUUCUAUGUUGACAACCUAUUUAAAUAAUUUCCUAAUGGUCUUGGAUAUUUACCCUAAAUUGUUCUAAAUAAAAAGCUCUAUUUUUAGAGAA